AUGCACCUCCCCCUCCCCCUCCUCCUCACAACCACCGCCCUCGCCCUCCUCGCCGCAGCGGCCCCCACAGAAUCCAAACGCAACGACCCCGUCGACCCGCUCGACCUGAAAGGCACCGUCAAGGAGGGCCUCAACGCGGUCACUGGCCUGGUGGGCGUUGAGGUCGCCCAUAAGCGGGAGGAUGGUAGCCAGGAUGCCGAGAAGCGCUUUUUGAAUGGGUUGCCGCUGAUUGGGGAUUUGUUGCCUAAUGAGGAGGGUUGUACUGCUGUUGCUGAUUGUUAA